CGCGCAGUUGAGGGUCCCGAGCCCCGGCGCUUAACACUGACGUAAUCUCCGGUUGCCGUGCUGAGUCGGAAGUGGGAACCCUUCGGCCCCGGAGACUGUCGUGUCGCCGCUGCUGGCCCUCAGGUUCUGCCCCUCCCUCUAGGUCUGGAUGGAGGAUACGUUACAGUGAAAUGACAGACCAGGAGAAUAACAACAACAUCUCAAGUAACCCCUUUGCUGCUCUCUUUGGCUCUCUGGCUGAUGCCAAGCAGUUUGCAGCAAUCCAGAAAGAGCAGCUGAAGCAUCAGUCCGAUGAACUUCCAGCCAGCCCUGAUGACUCAGAUAACAGUGUAUCGGAGAGUCUGGAUGAAUUUGACUACUCAGUGGCGGAGAUCAGCCGCUCGUUCCGUUCACAGCAGGAAAUAUGUGAGCAACUCAACAUCAAUCACAUGAUCCAAAGGAUCUUCCUCAUUACUCUGGACAACAGUGAUCCAAGUCUGAAAAGUGGGAACGGCAUCCCCAGCCGCUGUGUGUACCUGGAGGAAAUGGCAGUAGACCUGGACGAUCAGGACUGGCUCGAUAUGAACAACGUGGAGCAGGCCGUCUUCGCUCGCUUGUUACUUCAAGACCCCGGCAAUCACUUGAUUAAUAUGACUUCUUCGAGCACGUUGAAUCUCUCUGCUGACCGAGAUGCUGGGGAAAGGCACAUUUUCCGCUACCUUUUUUCCUGCUUCCAAAGAGCCAAGGAAGAGAUCACCAAAGUUCCCGAGAACCUGCUGCCCUUCGCUGUGCAGUGCAGGAACCUCGUGGUGUCCAACACCCACACCGUCCUCCUCACCCCCGAGAUCUACGUGGACCAGAACAUCCAUGAGCAGCUGGUCGACUUGAUGUUGGAAGCCAUCCAGGGAGCCCAUUUUGAAGAUGUAGCUGAGUUCCUGGAAGAGGUGAUUAAGGCCCUGGUGUCUGAUGAAGAAGUUCGGACAUUUCCAGAGGUCAUGAAUCCAAUGUUUGAUGUUUUGUUGAGCCGAAUCAAAGAUCUGGAGCUCUGCCAAAUGCUGCUGUAUGCCUACCUGGACAUUCUUCUCUAUGUCACCCGGCAGAAGGACAUGGCCCAGGUCUUCGUAGAAUACAUUCAGCCCAAGGACCUUAGCAACGGGCAGAUGUACCAGAAGACCUUGCUGGGCAUAAUCCUGAACAUCUCCUGCUUGUUGAAGACUCCGGGUGUCGUCGAAAACCACGGCUACUUCCUGAAUCCCUCUCGGUCCAGUCCCCAGGAGAUCAAAGUGCAAGAGGCCAAUAUCCAUCAGUUCAUGGCUCAGUUCCAUGAGAAGAUCUACCAGAUGCUGAAGAACCUGCUGCAGCUCUCUCCCGAGACCAAGCACUGCAUCUUGUCCUGGCUGGGAAACUGUCUGCAUGCAAACGCAGGUCGCACCAAGAUUUGGGCCAACCAGAUGCCAGAAAUCUUCUUCCAAAUGUACGCCUCGGAUGCCUUCUUCCUGAACCUGGGUGCUGCCCUCCUGAAGCUCUGCCAGCCAUUCUGCAAACCCAAAUCCUCUCGGCUGCUCACCUUUAAUCCCACUUACUGUGCCCUGAAGGAGUUGAAUGACGAAGAACGGAAAAUUAAGAACGUCCACAUGCGAGGUUUGGACAAAGAGACGUGUCUGAUCCCAGCUGUGCAGGAGCCAGAGUUUCCCCAGAACUACAACCUAGUAACAGAGAAUCUUGUUCUUACUGAGUACACCCUGUACCUGGGAUUUCAUAGGUUGCAUGAUCAGAUGGUAAAAAUCAACCAGAAUCUGCACCGGCUGCAGGUUGCCUGGCGGGACGCUCAGCAGAGUUCCAGCCCCGCUGCUGACAAUCUCCGAGAGCAGUUCGAGCGACUGAUGACCAUCUAUCUUUCCACCAAGACCGCCAUGACUGAGCCACAGAUGCUGCGGAACUGCCUGAAUUUGCAGGUUUCCAUGGCGGUUCUCCUAACGCAGCUGGCCAUUGGCAACGAGAGCUCACAGCCAAAGGAGCUGACCUUCCCGCUGCCGGACAGCUACAGCUCCCUGGCCUACGUGCCAGAAUUCUUUGCAGAUAACCUGGGGGAUUUCCUCAUUUUCCUCCGCCGCUUUGCUGAUGACGUCUUGGAGACAUCAGCAGACUCCUUGGAGCAUGUCCUUCACUUUAUCACCAUCUUCACUGGAAGCAUAGAAAGGAUGAAGAAUCCUCAUUUAAGAGCCAAACUGGCGGAGGUGUUGGAAGCAGUGAUGCCCCACCUGGAUUCAGCCCCGAACCCCCUGGUGUCUAGUGUGUUCAACCGGAAACGAGUGUUCUGCAAUUUCCCCCACGCCCCCCACCUUGCAGAAGCUCUAAUCAAAGUCUUCGUGGAUAUCGAGUUUACAGGAGACCCGCAUCAGUUUGAACAGAAGUUUAAUUAUCGCCGCCCCAUGUACCCUAUCUUGAGGUACAUGUGGGGAACGGAUCCCUAUCGAGAGAGUAUUAAGGAUUUGGCAGACUAUGCCUCGAAGAACUUAGAAGCCAUGAACCCCCCACUUUUCCUCCGCUUUCUCAACCUGCUAAUGAACGAUGCCGUCUUCCUCUUGGAUGAAGCCAUACAGUAUUUGAGCAAGAUAAAGAUUCAGCAGAUUGAGAAGGACCGCGGCGAGUGGGAUAGCCUCGCGCCGGAAGCCCGCCGGGAGAAGGAGGCUGGCCUGCAGAUGUUUGGACAGCUGGCCCGUUUCCAUAACAUCAUGUCCAAUGAAACCAUUGGCACCCUUGCCUUUCUCACAUCAGAGAUCAAGUCCCUCUUCGUGCACCCCUUCCUGGCCGAGCGCAUCAUCUCCAUGCUGAACUACUUCCUGCAGCACCUGGUUGGGCCCAAAAUGGGGGCCCUCAAGGUCAAGGACUUCAGUGAAUUUGACUUCAAACCCCAGCAGCUCGUGUCGGAUAUCUGCACCAUCUACCUGAAUCUCGGGGAUGAGGAGAACUUCUGUGCAACCGUGCCCAAGGAUGGACGCUCCUAUUCCCCCACCCUGUUUGCACAGACAGUCCGAGUCCUGAAGAAGAUAAAUAAGCCUGGGAAUAUGAUUGUGGCGUUCAGCAACUUAGCAGAAAGAAUCAAGUCUCUAGCCGACCUCCAGCAGCAGGAAGAGGAGACCUACGCAGAUGCGUGCGACGAGUUCCUGGACCCCAUCAUGAGCACGCUCAUGUGUGACCCCGUGGUGCUGCCGUCCUCCAGGGUCACUGUGGAUCGCUCUACCAUUGCCAGGCAUUUGCUCAGUGACCAAACAGAUCCCUUUAAUCGUAGUCCCCUCACCAUGGACCAGAUCCGGCCAAACACAGAACUAAAAGAAAAAAUCCAAAGGUGGCUUGCCGAGAGGAAGCAACAGAAGGAGCGACUUGAAUAAAUACUGUGAACCAGACCAAUCACACCAAUCCCAGCGUGUAGAUAAGCACUUGCGGUUCUCACUUUCUGGUUCUGUUUGCUUUUCUUUCUUUCUUCCUUUCUCUUUCUGACUUCCUUACUUCCUUUCUUUCUUUCUUUCUCUUUCUUCCUUCCUCUCUUGACUAUAUUAGAGAACUGCUUUUGCUUAAAUUAUGAUCAUUUAGAUUCCUGAGAACUUGACCGUGCUCUCCCAGCUUACAGGAAGUGAUACUACAUCAUCACCAAGUUAGAAUCGUCACUAAUUUUUUAACCUCUGUUCUCUUUCUUCUUACUUCUCCUACCUUAAUUUAUAUUAACUCCCACUAUUAAAACUUCCUGUUACUAUUUCUCUUUCAAGAACUGCUCAGACAUCAUUGGUGAGCAUUGCUUGUAAGUAUACGAUGUCCUGUAACAGCUCUGAUCCUCUCAGAACCACUCGUUACAGAGGCAUUCGCUAUUCCUCGUGGCCCCAGCGUUAGUCCUUUGCCUCCUUAAAGCUUUGUAAUGUCCAUGAACGACCUUACAGAAAAGAUACUUUGACAUUUGAGGGGUCUUUUGAGUAAGGUGAUAAAUGAAAUGAAAAAAGGAGUUUUAGGGGAAUGUUCGUUGGUAGCUCUUACUGUAUUAUCUUGUAACUCUGAAUAUUGUGUUAUCUCUGAACUUUUGAGUCCAGCCUCUCCCCUGUGGCAUUCAGAACACAGAAAACUCACCCCUGUAGGAUAUUUAGGGGAAUUAGUAAACAGACUUGAUUCAAAAACCUGAGUCAACAAAUUCUGAGGCAAAUAAAUAAAGGAUGUUCUUGGGCCCUUUUUUUAAUGAAAAUCUGUGCUACAAGGACUAGACUUUGGUAGAAGAGUUAGUCAAUGAAUAUCAUAACCAUGAAAAAUGUUACGGUAACAUUUAAAAAAAAAAACAAAAAAACCUAGUAUCGAUGGUGUAUCUUAGUGUGUCCACACACUGAGCAGAGUGCGGGCAUGCCAUGUGCUCCAUUUUAUUUCGGUCACUGUCAAUUGAGGGCAGUGUGGUGUUUACUAACAUUCUAGACUGAAUUCUGAGACGCCCGAAUGAUAGAGCUCGUUUGUUUGGGCUUACCAUUUCUAAGUGUGAUUUCUAACAGCCUCAGGUCAUCAAUUAGCAAAGCCGGACUCUGUACAGCCGAGUCCACAAGCCAUUUUACCACCCAAAAGCCCGAAGAUUUCAUAAACAACAAAUGCAAUACAGUGUAGAAGUUGGGUCACGGCUUCAUUUAGAGCUCAUGAUCCUGGCCCCCGAGAUGGUAACUGUCUGGUUGCCCCUGAUACAUUGCUAUAAGCGAACCUUCAAUUGGGAUGGUGUCUGUUGGAAAACCCCAAAUCAGGGUAGCCCACACUCGCUAUAAAGUCGAUGUUUGUCGCCUGUCGCUGUGCUGGUCAAAAAAGGAAGGCUGCGACCGUGGCAGACAGCAGAGCGUCCGAUACUAAUUCCGUGCGCUCCCUGGGCCUGGACCGUGUGGUUUGAUAGGAGCUGUUUUCUUACACUGAGCUUCGUUUUCAUAUUUAUUAACCUCCUCUACUUCAGAUAAUGAACUGUAUAUAAAAUAAACUUCCCACCUACUUGCAUUUACCUUAUGAACUUAAUCUAACAGGGUGUUUUUCAUUUUGUAGAGAAGGGGGGUGUGGGGCUGGAGCGGGACGGGGAGAAGGACCCGAGUUUUCGAGGAGACAGUUGGAGGGGAGUGGACACAACCUCGGGAGGCAGCUGUUCCCAGCAGCUUUCCCAUCAACAACCUCUACGCUGCCUCUAGUGUCUCUGUGUUCUGGAGUUAGUCCUUGGAUUGUAAGUCUUUUCAACCCGCUGUUUUGUGUUUCGAGCUCUUUUCCUGAAACUUUUUACGAAUGGCACCAUUAAUGCUGCUGGACAUCUUUCACCCAUCACAAAGGCGAUUGUGUAGCUUUAGGCCACCACUGGUAACAAAACCAAGUGUCCUCUGUGCCUUUUUUUUUUUUUACCCUCUCCUUGAAGUAGUUCUAAGAGGCUCCCCCCAAAAUGGGACUUGCAUCGUGGUACAGCACGGUUACUGUCUACACUUCUUGGAAGCUUCAAGAAGUGUUUUCUUGUCUGGAACUCGGAAGAGGCUCAGAAUCUGUCAGAGCAAACUCUGUGUUGGCUAAGUUGGAGUGUGACAGGGAAACGAAGAUGAAUCAGCUCUGGUAGGCCCUACCAAGAGGAUAAUACUAAGCUUAGAAAAUUAAGUUAAGUUUGGUCAAGCAAAUCUGAGUUUGUGGUUUUCCUUUUUUCUUUCUUUCUUUUUUUUUUUUAAUUUAACUUAAUGGCAGUGUAAAAACUGAAAGACACUUGAAAGGUUUUUGGCCGUGCAGGGGAAGGUGCCCGUUGCUAUUUGGUAUCUGACUCAACAAAAGCUUCACGACUUGAUUUGAUGCUGGUUGCUAAGCAGCAGCGCACAGAGCUUAAGUCUGCUGGGUGCCUUUACAAGUCCGUGGAAGUCACGUGAGGAAACAAUGCCCAGGCUCUAACUGCUCAAGAGGGAAAGAACCAGAAAACCAACAACCAACUAGCUACGGGGUGAACGGAAAUAAAACUUGAUCAACAUUAACUAUUUUGAAACAUUCCAGGAAGGUGACUUCUCAUCAGACUUGCCUGGGGGUGUCUGUUCAAAAGCUUGUAUUUAAUAAAUGACCACCUG